AUGGCGGAAAUCAUCGAGAAAGUCCAGGCGGCUCUGCCAGAUCUAACCAAGACGGCCAUACAAGUCACCACAGUUCCAGUUCCAGUUGAAGCCCCAGUUCUGGCUGUAGUUGAAGCCCCGGUUGAGGCUCCAGUUGAGGCUCCAGUUCCGGCUGUAGUUGAAGCUCCAGUUGAAGUUCCAGCUUCAGCUCCAGCUCCGGCUCCAGCUCUUGCUCCAGUUCCAGCUCCAGUAACUGCGAUUGGCACGACUACUGCAUUUCACAGUCAACCCCUCCGUCCAGGUCCAGUGCUACAGAACCCUUACCACGAUGAUGUCGCUUUUGCUAGACUCCUCGAGUUAUACCUGCCGGCCGAGGUGAAGAAACGCGCCGACAGCGAAUUAAAUGGACUGGCCGAGGAUGCAGUUUCGGAGAAGAAUAUGAAUUGGGUUGCGGAUACAGAACGCAAUCCUCCCCGAGUCGAGCACUGGGAUAGCUGGGGAGUGAAGAAAGACGAGCUCGUUACGAGCCAAGGGUGGAAAGAGUUGUGGCGAUGGGGAAAAUUAGAGCGAUUAGCCGCCCUGCCUUCACUCACCAAUGAAUAUGAAGGCUACGCCAGAAUAAUACAGGUGUUGAAGGUCCACCUGUUUUCCCCGGCUUCCGCAACAACCAACUUCCACCUGAUCUUGUCGGACGGCGUGGGUACUCUGCUUCGGUCACACCUAAACGACAACAAGAUCGACGACGCAACGCGCGCCCUGCUCCAGUACUCUUAUGACCGCCUCACAUCCCCUGAGCCAGAGAAGGGAUGGACGUCCGGACUGUGGAUGACGGAGCGGGCUGGUGGCAGUGAUCUGACUCCGACUGAGACCAUGGCCACUUACUCGCCGCUUGGUCCAGACGACAAGUCCACGGACGCCGACGGCUUCCCCCUCGGGCCCUGGGUCCUGAAUGGUCUCAAGUGGUUCUCGACAAGCACCGAAGGAUCAAUGGCUAUUGCAGUCGCGCGGACUCCCAUUGGUCUCAGUGCGUUUUACGUCCCAAUGCGUCGCGCCGUGACAGUGAACGGAGUCCCCAGCGUCGAGCUCAAUGGCGUCCGUAUCCGACGCCUCAAGAACAAGAUGGGCACAAAGGGCCUGCCUACCGGCGAGCUCGAGCUCAGUGGCAUGCGCGGUUACCUGAUCGGCAAGGAAGGCAAGGGUGUCAAUGAGAUUGGUGUCGUACUCAACAUCACCCGUAUUCACCUCGCCAUGGUCUCCGUGGGCUACGCCGCUCGUGGACUCUCAAUUGCCCGCGCCUUCGCACGAGUGCGUAAGGUUGCCCGUGGCACUCAAUUGAGCAGCGUGCCGUUGCAUAUGAAGACGCUCGCCAAGGCCCACGUCACCUAUCGCGCGCAUUUGGCUCUGUGUAUGUUCAUUGCGGCGCUUCUAGGCAGAACCGAGCAGCCCAAAGCAUCGCUGAACGAUUUCGUGCCCGCGAAUGCACAGGAUGCCGGAGCCCUGCUGAGACUACUCGGCUCUGUCGCCAAGGCCACCGCAACCAUGGACUGUGUCGGUGUCUUGCAAUGCAGCAUGGAAUCACUGGGCGGUGUCGGCUACCUCGAAAACGACGAGGCAGGCUUCAAUGUCGCUCGAGUGCUCCGAGACUGCACUGCAAUCCUAAUUGGCGAAGGCACAACGGAUGUGAUUGCCACUGAUGUCGUCAAGGUCUUGAAGGGCCCCAUCGGAUCCUACGUGGUACAGGCCUACAGCCGCUGGGUGGAGGCUUCUUUGCCCAAGAAGGAGUCCCUGGCACCUGAGGCGGCGAUUAUAACUCAGCAGUGGUCGGAGUUACAAACCGCUCUUACAUCGAACUCAAUCGAAUACAUCACUAUGAAUGCGCGCGAGAUUAUGCAGCUGGUUGCCAAGUUGACCGCUGGUGUCCUGCUUCUUGCAGAUGCAGCACGCGACGACAAUGCUGUCGCAGUCGAGGUAGCUAAGCGUUGGAUCCAGCCUCCAACCUUGCUGAGCGGAUCAAACGUUGAGCAAGAGCUGUUGCUUGAUCAGGAGAUUGUAUUCGGAGAUCAGCCAAAGUGGUUGGGUAUUUAA